AUGUAUUUCUUUGUCCAUAGUAGUAGUAGCAGCAGCAGCAGCAGUAGUAGCAGUAAUAAUAGUAGCAGUAGUAGCAGUAGUAGCAGUAAUAAUAGUAGCAGUAGUAGUAAUAGUAGUAGUAGCCGUAGUAGUAGUAAUAGUAGCAGCAGCAGUAGUAGUAGUAGUAACAGCAGUAGUAGCAGUACUAGCAGUAUUAGUAGUAGUGAAGGGAAUAUUAGUAGUAGUAGUAGUAGUAGCAGUAGUACUAACAGCAGCAGCAGCAGUAGCAGUAGCAGUAGCAGUCGUAGUAGUAGUAGUAGCAGUAGCAGUAGUAGUAGUACUAGCAGCAGCAGCAGCAGUAGCAGUAGUAGUAGUAGCAGCAGCAGCAGCAGCAGCAGUAGUAUUAGCAGCAGCAGCAGCAGUAGCAGUAGCAGUAGUAGUAGUAGUAGCAGCAGCAGCAGCAGUAGCAGUAGUAGUAGUAGCAGCAGCAGCAGCAGCAGCAGUAGUAUUAGCAGCAGCAGUAGCAGUAGCAGUAGCAGUAGUAGUAGCAGUAGUAGUAGUAGCAGCAGCAGCAUCAGCAGCAGUAGUAGUAGUAGCAGCAGCAGCAGCAGCAGCAGCAGCAGUAGCAGUAGCAACAGCAGCAGCAGUAGUAGUAGU